CUCUGCGAAGAUCAGCUGAUGUCAGUGUAAACAGAAUACAGGACAGAGGUGUGUGUGUGUGUGUGUGUGUGUGUGUGUGUGUGUGUGGCAGAGAGAGACAGGGACAGCUAUAUUUUUUAUCAUCGGUCAUCUCAGCCUCGGUUGAAGACGAUAACCGGGGAAUGUGUGAUCCAACGGGGACGAUGCGCGCCGCGCUGUCUUCGCUGUAACAGCAGCAGGAAACGACUCCGAGGGGCUUAAACUUCACGUGCAGCUCCACAGUGGGCCUGUGUGACAACAGCUGUCUGAACAAGCUGGAUUUGACUUCUCAGGGCUGGAAGAGCUGCAGCAGGGGUCCAUGGAGGAGCUGGAGCCAGAGGAGCAGUUCCUGCUGUUCGCCCGGAACGGGGAUCUGCCAGGCGUUCAGAGGCUCCUCAUGUCCAAGAUAAAGGAAGAGACGCACAUCAACAUAAACUGCAGAGGUAAGAGGAAAUUUAACCUGGGAUGGACGCCUCUUCACUUGGCCUGUUACUUUGGACACAAAGAUGUGGUGGAGGAAUUACUAAAAGCUGGGGCGGAUGUUAACUUGCCCAAUAAUGUUGGAGACACACCGCUGCACAAAGCCGCCUUCACAGGAAGAAAGGAGGUUGUCAUGCUGCUGCUGCACUAUGAUGCAUGUGCUACUGUCAUCAAUGGGACAGCACAGAUUCCCAAAGAUGUCACUCAAAAUGCCGAGAUCAGAAGCAUGUUAGAAGCGGCCGAGAGAACGGAGGAGAGGAAACUGGAGGAGGAACUUUUGGAAGCUGCACGAGAAGGAGACAUGUCGACUCUCACUCAGCUGCUCAGCAGGAAGAAGACCCCAGACAUCAACUGCACAGACCUGCUGGGUAACACUCCGCUGCACUCGGCAGCCUAUCGAGGCCAGAAGCAGUGUGCCCUGAAGCUGCUCAAAAGUGGAGCCAGCCCCAACAUCAAGAACAAGAAAGGCCAGACAGCGUUUGACCUGGCUAGUGAUACAGCAAUCAAACUGAUCCUCGAGGGCAACGGUCAUCGAGGUGUGACCCGCCAUGUCAAGAAGUACGAGGGACUCCUCUGGAAGAGCUCCAGAUUUUUUGGCUGGCGCUCCUACUGGGUCGUGGUUCAGGAUGGGGUUUUAUCCUGGUACUCCAAACAGUCAGAUGCAGAUGCCAACGUCAGAAGACAAAGCUGCAAGUCCCUCACACAUGCUCAGUGUUUGGUCCGAGCCAAAGACAGCUGCUUUUUUACCGUCAAGUGCUUCGAUGACAGCGUGCAUCACUUCAAAGUAUCCCCUAAAACCGACCCAGAGGCAACGAGAAAAGCAUGGCUGGACGCACUGGAAGAGCACUCAGCUUACAGCACACACUACUGCUCCCAAGAGCAGGGCAGCGAGAAGGACGAGGAGGAGGAGGAAGGGAUUUCGCUCGGGGAGCUAAACGACUCACUACAGGCAGCCGAGGCCAGCCAGAGGAAACUGGAGGAGGGAGUGGAAGCUUUCCUGUCCAUGCUGAAAAGUGACGAGCUGGCAGAAAGGUUUCCCUCCACCCUGCCGCAGAAAUUGCAAGAAAUCUGUGAGUUGUCCAGGGAGACCAGUUCCAGUCUCAGUGUCUGUCUCAGCCUCCUCUCCAGACAGGAAGGGGUGCGCAGUCUGAAAUUGGAGCAGGAGGUCGAGAAGAAUAAGAUCCUCUCCGAAGCGCUGCAGACUCUCGCCACAGAGCACCACGAACUUGAGCAAUCCGUCGUCAAGGGAUCCUCGCCGCGGAGCGCCCUCAGCGAAGAUGAGUUCCACGACGCCGUGUCUGAAUCGGACUCGGAGAUCUCCCUGAGCGGCUUUGAGACGGUGGCCAGCCGUUCCUUUGACGAGGACGAGGACGAAGGCUCUGUCAUGUUAUUAAGCAGCCCUUGCAGCAGCCCCACCGGCAUGUUCCAGGAGGAUCACCAUGGCGACAAGGACGAGACUCAACCCAACGGGAUCACAAAGCAUAGGACCAGGUUACCUGCACCAAUGUUUUCAAGAAAUGACUUCAGUAUUUGGAGUAUCCUGAGGAACUGCAUUGGAAUGGAACUCUCCAAGAUUACAAUGCCAGUGAUUUUCAACGAACCACUCAGCUUCUUGCAGCGUCUCACGGAGUACAUGGAGCACACUUAUCUCAUCCACCAGGCCAACUCCUUCUCAGACUCUAUUGAGAGAAUGAAGUGCGUGGCUGCGUUUGCGGUGUCCGCUGUGGCCUCCCAGUGGGAGCGCACUGGUAAACCAUUCAACCCUCUGCUGGGAGAAACCUAUGAACUGGUCAGAGAGGAUCUGGGCUUCAGGCUCAUAUCGGAGCAGGUGAGCCACCACCCUCCAGUCAGCGCCUUCCACGCCGAGGGCCUGAAGCAAGACUUUGUGUUUCAUGGAUCCAUCUACCCCAAACUCAAGUUCUGGGGCAAGAGUGUGGAAGCGGAGCCCAAAGGCAUCAUCACGCUGGAGCUGCCCAAGUACAAUGAAGCCUACACAUGGACAAAUCCUACAUGUUGCGUUCACAACAUCAUCGUGGGCCAGCUGUGGAUCGAGCAGUAUGGAAAUGUGGAGGUGAUCAACCACAGAACUGGUGAAAGGUGCUGUCUGAAUUUCAAACCGUGUGGCCUUUUUGGCAAAGAACUGCACAAGGUAGAAGGCUAUAUUCUGGAUAAAAGCAAAAAGAAGCUGUGUGCUCUCUACGGGAAGUGGACCGAGUGUGUGUAUGUUGUUGACCAUGCCGCCUUUGAAGCGCAUAAGAAAAGCGACAAGAAAGGGGCAGGCGAGAAAAAAGGCGGCCAAGCGGGUUGCAGCGGGGAUCAGGAGGAGGUUCCCUCUCCAGCUGCAGACACUGUGGAGAUGAUUCCUGGCAGCCAGCUGCUGUGGAGAAUCGCACCCCGACCGGCCAACUCUGCCGAGAUGUACAGCUUCACGUCCUUUGCAAUGCAACUCAACGAGCUGCAUAAAGAAAUGGAAGGAGCCAUCCCUCAGACUGACUGCAGGCUGAGGCCAGACAUACGGGCCAUGGAGAACGGUGACAUCGACCUCGCCAGUGAGGAGAAGAAAAGGCUCGAGGAAAAACAAAGAGCAGCUCGUAAAAACCGCUCCAAAUCUGAUGAAGAGUGGAAGACGAGGAGUGCUGCCCUGGGCCCAAGGUGGUUUCAGCAGGGGCAAAACCCUCACACCAGCACCCAGGACUGGCUCUUUUCUAGUGGAUACUGGGACAGGAAUUACAGCCAGCUGCCAGACAUUUACUAAUGGGCAUUUCCUGCACAGAGAAAUGAGCAUCAUGCAAUGUCCUUUGUACGGAGCAGAAUUACCUUUUUUUUUUUUUUUUUUAAAUGAAAUAUCUACUUUAACUACAAGCAAUAUGCAAAGAGCGUAUUUAAACUGUGUGGCCUUAAUCUACAUUAUGAUGAUAAAAUUGAGCAUACAAAUGUCAAUCAUCAAUAUUUAAAAGGUAGGAAAUGUAAAGUUGUUUGACAAUGCUUUGAAAUGUUACAUUUGUAUUCACAUUGAGACCGGUUUGUUUCUGUUGAUAAUGGACUUUUAGCACGCACAGCGGAGAGGUGCUGAUGCACAGGGCUUCAUGGUUUUAGUUUCCAUCUGUCUUCUUUUAAAUGUUCAUAAUAGUGUUUUGACUCUAAAUGUUUAUCUGUAUAGAUACCGAUCAGUGAGCUCAUCAAGUCGUUCACAUUCCCUCCUGACUCCAUACUUACAAAACCACUAGAAGUCAGUACAUAUUAGGGUUGAUAUGGUGUUCCUCUUGAUGUAUUUUGCCUUGUAAAAAAAAAAAGAACUGUUUUUUCUUGUCCACUGAAUUCUGUGUCUGCUGAGCUCUGAACACACAAUAAUUGACUUAUGUGAAGAGGUUUAUUACUAUUGUUGUGUAUCAUACAACCUGUCAGACAGACUAAACAAAGCUGAAUGGGGGUUGUAAGGUGACAUGGUGUAGAAAAUGUUGGAUUUUCAGGAGUUUUGCAUCGAAAGUAUUUUAUUGGAAACUGAAAUAUACCAAGUAAAACUCUUCAACGUA